GGGGUCGCGGCUCUACAUCUCCUUCCUUCCAAUUAUUGGACGAAAUAGCAACAUUUGGAUUAAUAACAACUGUCAUAUACUGUUCAACUUCUGAACUGGUCUCGUAUUUAGCAUAUCAGGAUAGCGCGGAGUGAAAUUUUAUUAUACGACCGAAAUUUGACGAGUUCGCACGUGGUUUGGUUAUAAAUUGGAGAUCUCUCUCUUUAUGUGAUUCCACGAGCGCGAGAAUUUUGACGAUGGCCAGAAAUCUUCUGGCUGCUCUAUCAAGGAAGAAGAGGAACAUUGAUGGAGCUGAAAGUGAGCUUGCCAGAGUGUUGAGCCUUGUUGAUCUUACAGCCUUAGGGGUUGGGGCCACCUUAGGUUUGGGGGUUUAUGUUCUUGCAGGAUCCAUUGCCAAAGAUGUAGCCGGUCCUGCUGUAGCCAUUUCUUUCUUGAUAGCAGCGUUUGCUUCAGCUGUGGCAGGUUUAUGCUAUGCAGAAUUUGCAUGUAGAGUACCCAAAGCCGGUUCAGCUUACGUUUAUAGUUAUGUAAGUGUGGGGGAAUUUAUUGCAUACGUUAUUGGAUGGAAUCUCAUACUGGAAUAUGUAAUUGGUACAGCGAGUGUUGCAAGGGGAUUCACGAAUUAUUUGGAUACUUUGGUAGAUCACAAAAUAAGCAACACAUUGACUGAUUGGUUACCAAUCAAUAUUUCGUUUUUAUCUUCUUAUCCUGACUUCGUUUCUUUUGCCCUCGUGCUAAUCCUGACAGCUUUGCUUUCUGCUGGCGUGAAAGAGUCCACCAGUUUCAAUAACGCCUUCACAGUUCUUAAUUUGGCCACAAUCGCCAUAGUUCUAGUUGGCGCAGGCAUGAAAGCUGACACUGCAAAUUGGAGAAUUUCGAAGGAUGACAUCCCAAAAAACGUUACCUGGGCAGGAGAUGGUGGAUAUUCCCCACACGGCUUCGCUGGCAUUAUGGCAGGAGCUGCUAAAUGCUUCUAUGGCUUCGUUGGUUUUGACGCCAUUGCAACCACCGGCGAAGAAGCGAAAAACCCACAGCGAGAUAUCCCCCUGGCCAUUGUUAUAUCACUACUCAUCAUAUUUUUCGCUUAUUUUGGAAUUUCCACUGUGAUUACCUUAGCCUGGCCAUACUACGAUCAAGACAAGGAAGCCCCUUUACCAAUUCUCUUCGAACACCUAAACUGGCCUGUUUUGAAGUGGUUGGUUACUAUUGGAGCAUUGUGCGCUUUGAGCACUAGCCUUCUGGGCGCCAUGUUUCCCUUACCAAGAGUACUGUACGCUAUGGGGGAUGAUGGAGUUAUCUUCAAGGCACUGGCUAAGGUUCAUCCAAGGUUUAAGACCCCCUUGCUAGCGACAAUAAUCUCUGGAUUUCUAGCAGGUUUUAUGGCUGCUAUUUUCAAUUUGGAACAGCUGAUAGACAUGAUGUCCAUUGGUACCCUUAUGGCUUAUGGAAUUGUAGCAAUUUGUGUUUUGAUACUCAGGUAUGAACCUUGUGACGCCAAUAAGAAAUACCUCCAUAAUUUGGAAUUGGGCGAAAAAGACAUAGGGCUACUUUCGUUGUUCAAAUUAGCUUUCAAUUUAAACAACAAUAAACAAGCGAAUUUAACAACUGCCCUGUUGACUAAAUGGGCAAUAGCCUUAUUCAGCCUCCUUACUAUUUUUUUCUGCGCUAUUCUGGCGUGCGCAAGUGAAAAAAUCAAGCCCUCUGAACCGUUGAUAUUCAUAUCUUUCAUCUUGAUAUCCGUGUCCUUGCUAGUCAAUGUAUACAUUAUUGCACGUCAACCAGUCGAUGAUAUUGAACUUUCAUUCAAAGUUCCAUGGGUUCCUUUCAUUCCAUGCUUAUGUAUAAUAUGCAACUUAUACUUGAUGCUACAACUAGAUUGGCAGACUUGGGUCAGAUUUACUGUCUGGCUAGCCAUUGGAUUUCUUAUAUAUUUCUUCUAUGGAAUCAACCACAGCAAAGAGGGCCUCUUGCAGUUGAAAGAAGACGAAAUUUCUAGGAUAAAUUCAAACAGAACAAACGGACAACACUCAAAUAAUGAUGUUGACAACAGAAUCACCUCAAAGCUCUGAGUAAAGCGUCAUUUGAAAUGAUGUUCGAGUAACUCUACUGAAUUCCGCAAUAUUGUGAUACUUUUAAACGAUAACACUUUAAUUUAUUGAUUGAUAUAUUUUUUGAAUAUAAAAUACAAAAAAUCUUA